CCACCAUGGUUCUCCGUUAUUUCACCGGUGUUGUAUUCGUGGCCCUCCUGGUGGUCGGACUAUAUUUGCUCCUGACCGGUCAAGGUGAACGAUUCAAUGUCGGUUACUUCUUAGAGUCGGUAUCUCCCUAUGCGUGGGCCAACCUCGGAAUUGCCAUGUGCAUUGGCUUGUCAGUCGUCGGCGCUGGAUGGGGUAUCUUCCUGACGGGCUCGUCCAUCGUCGGCGGUGGUGUCAAGGCACCUAGAAUCCGGACGAAGAACUUGAUCUCCAUUAUCUUCUGUGAAGUCGUUGCUAUCUAUGGUGUCAUCAUGGCAAUCGUCUUCUCCUCCAAGCUCAACCUUGUCGACAAUGACGGCAUCUUCUCGGGAAGCGACUACUACACCGGUUACGCCCUGUUCUGGGCGGGUAUCACGGUCGGUACAUGUAACCUGAUUUGCGGUAUCUCGGUCGGCAUCAAUGGAAGUGGUGCAGCUUUGGCCGAUGCUGCGGAUCCCAGCUUGUUCGUCAAGAUCCUCGUCAUCGAGAUUUUUAGCUCGGUUCUCGGUCUCUUCGGACUGAUUGUUGGUCUUCUGGUGGGCGGCAAGGCACUCGACUUCGGUGCCGCGUAAGAGUAUAAGGAUUGUGUAGGAGCUUGUUGUCGGGGGGGGGAUGAAUUGUAUGACUUCUCUCACGUUUGCCGUCGCUUCUUUUUU